GAGAUAUUGAAAAAUCAACUGAAUAUCAUGUCUAUGUUUGCCAAUCAGGCCUCUUUGAAAGAAAAUUCGCCUGUUAAUAACAAAAAACGGAAAUCACUAAAUGACAAUGUUAAUAGGAACAAUAAAAUUAGUUCAAGCUCUGCCAAUGAUAACGAAAGUGAAGCCAGUGAUGAAAAAGUCAUUGAUGAGUUAGUAGAGCAGGCUGAGAAAAAAAUGAAGCUGGACAGUGAGAACAAAGACAAAUCAGAAACUGACAUCACCAACAAAGAACUGAUGACAACAAACACCACAGAACAACUACAACUAAUAAACCACCCAAAAAAUAAAUUCAUAAUCGAAAGGUGUACCGAAUGCGGACAGAUCCUCGAUGAACAGGAAAUAGUAAUGUACCCAGGUGACUCUGGUGAGGCCGUCGAAGAAUUUGUUGCGCUAACCGACUCACGACUGUCACUUUUCACCGGGGACGAACAAGAAAUAGACGAAGCAGACGAACGGCCCCAACAUCGACUCACUAAUUUUAGUGUUUAUGACAGAAUGACUCAUCUCUGCCCAUUUGAUAGUGGCCUACUGGAAAAGAAUGUUGAGCUGUACUUCAGUGGUUACAUCAAGCCGAUCUAUGAUGAUAAUCCAUCUAUUGAGGCAGGUGGCAUAUGUACUCGAAACAUGGGCCCUAUCAACCAAUGGUGGACGGCCGGGUUUGACGGUGGGGAAGUCCCGGUAGUCGGUUUCAGUACCGCCUUCGCAGAGUACAUCCUCCUCUCCCCAAGUGACGCGUACAAACCGUUUUGGGAUGCUGUAUCUGACAAAACUCAGCUGUCAAAAGUUGUGAUUGAGUUUCUGAAGGAGUCCAUAGAGAAGGAUGAGCAGCCAAGUUAUGAGGAUCUGGUCAACAGAAUACAGGUUUCCGAUCGUUUCUUUCUUUCUUCGAAUCGUUUCACAGAGGACAGUCUGCUCCAGCACGCCCAGUUCAUCAUCGACCAGCUACAGAGUUACGACGACACGGCCGACACGGAAGACGUGCUACUAAUCAUCCAGCCGUGCAUUAGAACGCUGGUUAAGUUGACAGGCGUCACGCUCGGUCGCAAGAAUAAAUCCUUUGGAAACACUCAGCAAACUAAUCGGAAGACAAGGCAGCAGCAGCAAAUUGCAGCAAAAACUGCUCAGAAGAAAAAAGACUCAAAGGCAACUGUCACACCGUUAGUAAGAGAGGUUUUCGAUUCCUUAUUCAAGGGUCAAAUCGAAGGUCAAAGUUCAGCGGCCACAAAACGACGACGAUGUGGCGUGUGUGAAGCUUGCCAGAUGCCUGACUGUGGAAAGUGCAGAUCCUGUAUGGAUAUGAUCAAGUUUGGCGGGUCCGGACGGUCGAAGCAGGCCUGCUUAAUUAGAAGGUGUCCAUAUAUGAGCAUCAAGGAGGCCGAAGAUGACGACCUUCUCGAUGAUAAUUCCGGAGAAAUCAUUAAAGGCAAGAAGAGGAAAAUGAAUCAUAAUAAGAACUCUGAGAAGACAGAAGCUGUUACCUGGAUUGGUUCACCCCUGGCGACGAAAUACGCAAAUGGAGAAAAAAUUUUCUACCUGGGUGCCUACAUUGGAGAGCAUAUUGUUAAAAUAGGUGAUCAUGUGUGCGUGCGCCCGGAUGACCCAGCAGUCCCGAUGUACGUGGCCCAGGUCAGGUCCAUGUGGCAGGAGGUGGUCAAGAGAAAUAAUUCCUAUGGAAAGGCUAUGUUUCAUGCUAGAUGGCUAAAUAGGGGCGGUGAUACAGUAUUGGGUGAGACAUCGGACCCCAAAGAACUUUUUCUUGUCGAUGAGUGCCAAGAUUCGCCCCUUCAUUUCAUCGCCUAUCCAAUCAAAGUCGACUAUGUCAUCCAAUCAGAAAUGGACUUUUUCGGCAGCGGUGGUGGCGCCAGUCACAUUCCCGGCUAUCAAACACAGUCCGGAUUGGGAUGUGGUGAUAAUAAGGGCAGUAGUGAUAAUAAUGAUGAUGGCAAAAGUUUUUUCUGUAGACUUUCAUAUGACCAGAGUAAGGCGAGGUUUGAGGAUUUUUCUGAGUUCGAUAGUCUGGACGUCGUUAAAAAUUUUCUUAACACUUGCGCUAGCGUUAACGAAAAGUCUAUCUCUGAGACCCCAUUUUUGGAUGACGAAGUUGGUGUUGAUGAACUGCUGACGAAAUUCAACUACACAACUUCUACUUUUAAUAAAAACGGCAAUGGCAAAUUUUUAGAAUUCAUGACGACAAUUACGUCAUCAUUAAAAAUUUUAAAUAAUAGAGUUAUAAAAUACGAUGAGGAUGUCUAUCCAGAACUUUACAGGAAAACCGAAUACAUAAAAGGUUCGAAUGAACAAGUCCCCGAGCCGUUUAGAAUCGCGCUUGUUGUUGGAUUUUUCGUAAAAACUGAGUCUAAUAGUCGGAAGGUUAAAGUUGAGGAGGUGAAUGUUGUAGUUCAGAAGUUUUACAGGCCUGAGAAUACUAAUAGAGGUUUGGUUUGGUUUGGAAACCCGUCAUCACAUAAAGAUCUGAAUCUGUUGUACUGGUCGGAAGAUAGGCUGACUGUAUCUUUCCGUAACUACACUGGCAAGUGCACGGUGACCUUCUUCGACGAAUCAGACCUCGGCCUGCAAGCAACAGACGUCCUCACUCGAUAUUUCAAUGAUGGGUCCGACAGAUUCUACUUCACCGAGAUGUACCUUCCUGAUUCCAAAUCGCUGCAAGACGUGCCAUCAUCUCAAAUUGUUAAAGAACUUGCGUUUUAUAAAGGUGGAGGGAAAGGGAAAGGAAAGAGUAAAAAUAAGUCGUCAUUAGCAAAACAAGAAAAUGUUUCGACUGAUGAAAAGAAGCCAUUGAGAGCGUUGAAGUGUUUGGAUGUUUUUGCUGGAUGUGGGGGGCUUUCUGAGGGCCUGCACCAGGCGGGUAUUGCUGACACCAGAUGGGCAAUUGAAAAAGACGAAUCAGCCUCACAAGCUUUCCGCCUCAACAAUCCAUCAUGCACUGUCUUCAGUGAUGACUGCAAUGAACUUCUCAGUCUCGCAAUCAGCGGGUCAGAGUUCAACUCGACGGGUCAAAGGUUGCCCAAGCGAGGUGAUGUUGAAUUGCUGUGUGGAGGCCCACCGUGCCAAGGUUUCAGUGGCAUGAAUAGAUUCAACCAGAGAGAGUACAGCAAAUUUAAAAAUUCGCUCAUUGCAAGUUAUCUCAGCUACUGUGAUUACUACAGACCUAAAUAUUUCUUGCUCGAAAACGUUCGAAAUUUUGUGUCGUUCAAGAGGGGUGUCGUUUUAAAACUGGCCCUGAGGUGUCUGAUCAGUAUGGGCUACCAAUGCACCUUUGGAGUCCUACAGGCCGGCUGCUACGGAAUCCCGCAAACACGUCGAAGAGCAAUUAUCUUGGCCUCUGCCCCUGGUUAUAAGUUGCCUUUCUACCCGGAGCCAAUGCAUUCCUUCUCAGUGAGAGGUAUGCAGUUGACUGUGGCCGUCGAUGGUCGCAGGUUUGAGUCAUGCGUCAGUAGAACAUCUGGAUCGGCUCCUUUUCGUACAAUCACAGUUAGAGAUGCUAUGUCGGAUCUACCGGAGGUAAAUAACGGUGCUGGUCAUAUUGAAACUGGUUACGGCGGGGAACCUGUUUCCCAUUUUCAGAAGAUGUCACGAAGAAAAAUUGGAGAAAAUUCCUACACGACACUUUUGCAGGAUCACGUCUGCAAAGAAAUGAGUGCUCUCGUCCUGGCGCGUAUGCAACACAUUCCUCUGGCUCCUGGUUCCGACUGGCGAGACUUGCCUAAUUUAGAAAUUAGGUUGAAGGAUGGGACCGUAACACGUAAACUUCGAUACACGCACGACGAUAAGAGAGUUGGAAAAACAGCAAGUGGUAAUUUGCGAGGCGUUUGUUCCUGCGUUGAGACAGGACACUGCGAUCCAGCACACCGCCAGUUUAAUACGCUGAUACCUUGGUGUCUGCCUCACACUGGCAAUCGUCACAAUCAUUGGUCGGGUCUCUACGGCCGCCUGGAAUGGGAUGGAUUCUUCAGUACUACAGUUACUAAUCCUGAACCGAUGGGCAAACAAGGAAGGGUUCUUCAUCCGGAACAGCACAGGGUCGUUACAGUUAGGGAGUGCGCUAGGUCCCAGGGAUUUCCCGAUACUUACCGGUUUUAUGGGACUGUGCUUGAUAGACAUCGUCAGGUCGGUAAUGCUGUUCCACCUCCGAUGGCCAGACAUAUUGGAUUUGAAAUUAAAAAAAGUUUACAGCUGUCACUGGAGAAAAAGGAGAACGAUAAAAAGCCUUGAUUAAACGUAGGUAAUGUCUUAGUACGAUUUAUAUUCAACAGUUUUAUGAAUUAGUUUAUUUAAAAUAUUCUAUUUUAUGUUAUUUUUAUCAACAGUACAUUCUAUUUUUCCUUCUUUACACUGAUGAAUUAAUAUUUGCAUGUCUCACCCACCUUCGAUUCUACUCGCUUAAUAUACGGAUCAAUAAACUACUUUGUUGCA